AUCCUGCGUGUUGUUUCUACAGGCUAAUCAAGACAAGAUUAAUCUGAAUUUCUAUUAAUUUCCAAGAUGACACUGAAGGAUGACAUACUGCGACUAGUUUUUACCGUAAAUAGCACCGGAUUCAUCCUUGUUGCAACGACCUUAUUUGUAUUCGAUGCUGUCGGCACAUUAUUCAUCAUAAAGAAAGUUCCAUAUACAGAAAUUGACUGGUCAACAUAUAUGCAACAGGUGGAAUGUUACAUGAAGAAAGGUGUGCGGAAUUAUUCACUGAUUGAAGGUGACACUGGACCCGUUGUGUAUCCAGCUGGUCAUCUUCUCACCUACAGUGUCCUGCAUUCAUUUACAAAUGCUGGGAAGGACAUUCGGACAGGACAGUUUAUAUUUAUGGGCAUCUACCUCUUAAAUUUAUUGGCGGUAUUUCGCCUGUACUACAAAUCAAACAAGAUUGCUCCUUUUGUUCUGCCGUUUUUAUGUUUUACGGGAUAUCGGAUUCAUUCCAUUUUUGUGCUGAGAUUAUUUAAUGAUCCAGUUGCCAUGUUCUUCUUCUAUCUAGCAGCUAAUUUCUUCGUGUCACAACAAUGGCUCUUCGGAUGUCUGCUGUACAGUUUUGCCGUAUCCAUCAAGAUGAACGUGCUUCUCUUUGCUCCAGCUUUGUUUUUCAUCUUACUGUUGAACGUUGGUGUAUGGCGGACCAUCCUUAAUCUGAUGUGUUGCGCGAUAGUACAGGUCUACGUUGGCCUUCCUUUCCUCAUGUACGAUCCUGUUGCCUACAUCCGCCGAUCUUUUGAUCUUGGCCGCGUUUUCCUUUUCAAGUGGACUGUAAACUGGCGUCUUUUACCAGAAGAGGUCUUCCUUUCACCGCGUCUUCACGUUGCGCUACUUACUUGUCAUCUGAUAGUGCUUUUAAUCUUUGGGUAUCAUAUGUGGUUUAGGUCACACGGAGGUCUACGAGCAUCUCUCAUCGAGCUUUCUCAUGGUAUCAGAACAAGGACAGGAGUGGCUGAAACGUUGUUCGCGCUGUUCUCAGCGAAUUUGAUUGGUAUUACGUUUGCUCGUUCUCUCCAUUACCAGUUCUACAGCUGGUAUUACCAUCAGUUACCAUUUCUUCUGUUCUGGAAUUCGAAUGGAACUGCUGCUAAUAAGCAACCAGUUUAUGUGCCCUGGUUAUCAAUUAUUAUAAAAGCCGCCGUUUUGGUUGGAAUCGAAAUUUGCUGGAAUGUCUACCCUUCAACUGUGCUUUCAUCUGCAUGCCUUCAUGUCUAUCAUAUUUCUAUCUUAGUUUACUUCGUUUUGACAAGAAUUGAGCGAUUUAAAAGAAAGUCAAAGUCUUCAUAAGGAUAAUUGAACCUAGAUUGUGGUUUUCGUAAGUCUAGUCUUUUUAUCUAUAAUGGAUAGUUCUGCGCUGUGGCCUAUCCUGCUCUUGUACUGGUUCUUGUUGAUUUUGUGAACCUUCUUGUGAUUUUCCACAGCAUUCCAGUUGUGAUAAUUGUUAACUUCUCAAUUGUUUUUAUAUUUAUUUAACUUUAUCGUUCAACCGGAACGUCGUUGUUGUGAUUAUGUGUCUGGGAGGGUUUG